AUGGACUUCACUCUAUCGUCCUACGUGAACAACUUCGAUAUAGACAAAAACUAUGAGGUUGAGUUUUCCAAUGUCAAUACAAAAUUAGAAUCAUUGAUUGAAUCACUAGCGCAUAAUCCAGAAUCUAUUACAACCAAUACCGAUUUGUUUGAUGAUUGCGUAGAGCUUACUCAUGGAUUUCGUACAUUGCAUCCGAAGCAACGGCAGCAGUUGUCUUAUCUUAUUGUUUCCUCAUUCAAUGCUGUGUGUCAACAGUUUGAACGUAUGAUGCAGGAAGAUGAUUUUCAUGAAUUAUUGGAGCUGGUGAAAUCCACCAUGGAAAGAUAUGGGUAUUUGAUAUUUGUGGUAUUGAAGCAAUUUGCAAAGGAAGAUUUUCUGCAGUUGAGUGCAACCAGAUCUCAAAAGUCGUUAUCAAAGGAAUUUCUUGCCAAGUGGAAUUCGAAUUGCACUGAGGUUGAGAAUACUUUGGUUGUGGUAAAAACCGCGUUGAAUCUCGAUUUGGAUAAAAUAUUUGUGACAAAACCCGAGCGAGAUGCUUAUAUUGAACUAUUUUCGAGACCGAUAAUGAAUCUUAUGGAGAGCCCGGAGAGGAUGAAGGUGGUGGGGUUGAGAAUCGUUAUUUUUGAAGAUCUAUGCUUGGCAGUGACAAGGCAUGCCCAUGGACCCUGUAUUCGACACUCAAUAACCCAGAUUCUUACUUAUUACGCUCAUUUACCACAAUAUAUCGCUAUGUUGUUGAAUAUGUUGACUGAAAAGUAUGACCACAGUCUUUUGUCAGAAGAGGUCUUGAGAGAAAUUGCUCAAACAAAUUUUAACUCGAAUGAUACAAAUGGACCAAAAGCAAUUGCUGAGUUUUUGGUGAAACUUUCGGAAUUGAAUCCCGUCCUGAUUCUACGUCAAAUGACAAGUAUUUCCCAGUUGUUGGCGAAUACCAAUCAAACGUUGCGAUGUUCGGUAGUGGAGACUUGUGGCAACAUCGUUGUGAGUAUACUAAAAUCACUCGGUAACUCUGGUGAGGAUCAAGACGAAAUGAGUGUCCAUAACGAGCAGCAGGUGGACAGGUUGCUCAAUUUAUUGGAAGAGCGGUUUUUGGACCAGAAUCCAUUUGUUAGAACCAAGGCGUUCCAAGCUUUAACAAAGGUUGCCGAAUUGAAAAUCAAACUCACUGAUCGUAGACAGAAAAUGAUGCAGCUUGCGGUUCGGUCAUUGGAUGACAGAAGUACUUUGGUGAGACGUAACACAAUCAAGUUGAUUGGAAAGCUUAUCAUUAAUCAUCAAUUUCAAGGUGUACAUGGUACCCAGUUAAAUUUUUCGUUUUGGAAGGGGAAACUUGAAGAGGCUGAAAGAGAAUUAUUGCGUUACGUUCCAACUUCUCUAAAGAAAGGAUUAGUGCAAGAGGAUGGUGCUACUUCAUCGAUGGAGGAGGAAUCCCCUUCUGAGGAUGAAGAAGGUGUUGAACUGUCGGAAAACGCUGAUUCAGAGGCGGGAGAAAUUAAUGAGCCUACUGGAAACACUACGUCAUUAAAAAGAAGUAGUGAAAACAGCGAUACUCAAAGCAAUGCAGACAAUAGCAACAAUGUGUACACAGUUGAUCAGGAUCUUCCAGAUAAAACUGUUUUAGCGAGGGUCAAGCUCCAGUUUGAUUUCUACAAAGAUGCCGUAGAUUUUAUUGAAAUGGUUCACUCUAGUGUUGAUGUUGUGUCACGGUUGUUAUUUUCAAGGAACAGAAAUGAGGCCAUAGAUGCGAUGGAUUUUUUAGUACUUGUUGACGCUUAUGGCAUUGAGAAUGCUCAACAUGGAAUCCGAAAGAUGUUGCAUCUAGUGUGGAUGAAAGGCUCUUCUGACGAAGGUAAGUCGGUAGCAUCUCAUCUCAUUGAUUGUUACAAAUCCUUGUUUAUGUCGGCUCCGGCAGGCUCCAAUGCCGAGAAGGCGGCGUAUAUUGCUGGUAAUCUCAUAGAGCUAACUGUUGGAGCUAGUCUUGCGGACUUGGCUUCAUUGGAAAAACUACUUUGUAUGAUGUACGAGGCAAAGUAUAUUAAUAGUGAUGUGGUCAAGGUGUUGUGGCAUGUAUACAAUGCAGAUCUCGAAGAAGGUCAGACCUUGAAGGAAAAGAGGCGUGGUGCAAUCAAAAUUUUGGGGAUGCUAGCACUUGAAGAUAAUAAAAUCGUCCAACAAGGUUUCGACUUAAUAUUGAACAUAGGUUUGGGAGAAAAGGGCCAUUCAGAUUUGGUAUUAUGCCGAUACACGUGUAUUGCAUUGCAAAGAAUUUUGUCCACGGUGGAUAGAAAUUCCACCACACCGAAAUUGGCCAAUGAACUGUUGGCGAUGGAAAGAAUUACAAAUGUGCUCUUGAAAGUGUGCAACGAUAACGAAUGGUUUCCAACAGCUGAACAAUCAAUAAACACAAUCUUUAGCAUAUCGUCAGACCCCGUUUCUGUUUGCUCAGAGAUUAUACAAACCAAGUCAAAGGAGGUAUUUAGUACAUUCUCGGGAGAGAAGCUGAAGUGUCAUUCACUUUCGCAACUUCUUUUUAUGGUGGGACAUGUUGCUAUAUCAACCAUAGUAUUUUUAGAGAAGCUCGAAGCUCAGUUCAAGAAGAAGAAGCAUGCAGCCGAAUCGAAAAAUAAAGCUAAUGAAGACGCGAAUGAUGGUGCAGAAGACAACGAGUUGGAAAUGAUUGGUGGUACUUCAGAGGACGAUUUUGCAGAUGCCGUCAUUCAUGUCAAGGAAAAAGAGUUAUUAUAUGCAGAUAAUUCAUUAUUGAAGAGCUUUGGGUCACUUGCGAGAAAGAUUUGCUCUUCGCCCAAACAAUACAAAAACACCUUGCUCCAACGUCAAGCGGUGUUGUGCUUGAUAAAACUUAUGUGUGUUUCAUCCAUAUACUGUGAAGAAAAUUUGCCAUUGUUAUUGCGAAUAAUGGAAAUGUCAAAAGACCCAGUCAUUCGAUGUAAUUGUGUAUUGGGCUUGGGAGAUCUUGCUGUGAGUUUCAACCGAUUAAUCGAUGAAAAUACCGACUUCAUCUAUCGUCGAUUAACAGACGAGAACAUCAUGGUUCAGCGAACGUGUUUAAUGACUGUAACGUUUUUGAUCUUAGCUGGUCAAGUGAAAGUCAAGGGUCAAUUAUCGUCUAUGGCAAAGUGUUUGGAGAACCCCGAUCAAGGAAUUAGCGACAUGUGUCGUUUAUUCUUUGCUGAGUUGGCGACCAAAGACAACGCCAUUUACAACGGUUUUAUUGAUAUAUUCAGUGGACUAUCGUCUGAUCAAUCGUUGAGCAAUGCCGAGUUCAAACGUAUAUUGAAAUUUUUGAUUGGAUUUGUUGAUAAAGAGCGUCACCAAAAGCAGUUAUGUGAGAAGUUAUUCGUGAGGUUAUCAAAAGCCAGGAACCAAAAAGAGUGGAGCGAUGUUGCAUUUGCGUUGGACACGUUCCCAUAUACAAACGAGGCAAUCAGUUCUGCUAUCAAAGAAGGAUACCAAAUUGUACAAGCUAAAGAGUAA